GUGCUUGUAUUCUGUUUAAAUCCCACCCAGUGACGUUUCAGACUUUGAUUUUUUCAGCGCUCGGCGGCGGGAGAUUUAAUACAAUUCUUCAGCGGCGUGUAUUUCUCUCUGAAUUUUUAAUAUUUUAAAAUUUAUUUGACAGUAUAUAUUUGUUGUUUUAAGUUUGUACGGUGCGUAUACCGAGCAAAAAUGAACUGCUUGAAUAUUGCAGACAUUGCGCCCAACUCUCCACGCAAAACGCGGGGACAAAUUCAGGUAAUAUUUGGGCCGAUGUUCUCAGGAAAAAGCACAGAGCUGAUGCGCCGUGUGCGCAGGUUUCAGGUCGCACAGUACCGGUGUUUGGUGGUGAAAUAUGCCAAAGACACGCGUUACUCUGACAACGGAGUUGCCACACACGACAGAAAUACAAUGGAAGCGGUGCCUGCCAGCCAGCUCAAGGAAGUCUAUAAGCAAGCCCUUGUAUGCUGUGUCAUCGGGAUUGAUGAGGGACAGUUUUUCCCAGACACUGUGGAGUUUUGUGAAGAAAUGGCCAACCGAGGGAAAACCAUUAUUGUAGCUGCCCUGGAUGGAACGUUCCAGAGAAAGGCGUUUGGUAAUAUUUUGAACCUGGUUCCUCUGGCGGAGAGUGUGGUGAAGCUGAAUGCGGUGUGCAUGGAGUGUUUCAGAGAGGCUGCCUACACCAAGAGGCUCGGGGCUGAGAAAAAGGUAGAGGUGAUUGGAGGCACUGAUAAAUACCAUGCAGUAUGCAGAGCCUGCUACAGUGCAGCACUCCCAUCCAGCAAAGAGAACCACGCUCCCCACAAAAGAAUAGAAGAGACCCCCCCUCAAACCAUGGCGGGGAAGCAGGUGGACAUUAAAGCACCCAGGAAACUCUUUGAAACACAUUUCCCCAGCACUGAGUGACCAGGACAUGGUCCUGCAGCCCACAAAAACAAUUGGAAAGCACGAGCACUGAAGUGCUGCUUUUUUUUUUUUUUUUUUUUUUGUUCGGUGCUUUGUUGGUGUCAGUCCAGAAUUACUGUUUUAUUUUAUUACUGUAUGUUGUGGUUUUUUUUUUUUUUUUUUUAAUGGUUUAAUUGAGUGGUACAGCACGUGCUGUUGGCUGCUAUUCUUAAUGCACUAGGUCUGUACUGUAUAUGCAGCAAUAAUAUUAUCAGUCCCUGUCCUUAAAGUAAUUUAUUAUACUGGUCACAAAACAUGAUUGCUUUCACAAGGGCCAUCAGUGUUUAUCUGAGCUUCAUUUAAACCAGCAUCCCAAAGGCAUUUAUGUUUUUGUCCAUUUCUGCAAUGCAUGGCAAAGAAGCUGGCCUAUUAACACAGCUGCUACUAUAACUAGGUGGGUAGAAAAAAGGGUUAUUGUUCCUGUGCAAAGUUUAACAUUGCACAUGGUUGUUUGUAGCUCUAUACCCACAGGAAGAUGCACAGUAUUUAUAUUGUUUAACACAGCUGUCAGAUGGGAGCUGUAGUUGAGAGAAGGUCUUAUUAGGUACUUGGUGUGGAGUGAGUGUUGUCCAUGCAUAUUCAUGUAAUUGAUCUCUGAGAGUGAGACUGGACCUUUACAAUGCCACCUACUAAUAAUAAAAUUACUGCAGUGUGGUCUCACUUGAUGGAGCUGCUAACUCAUGUCAUUUUGCACAUUUUCACAAAAAUGCCAUAAGUGUUUACCAUCAACCUUGAUCUGCCAAGUAUUUCAGAAUAUUGAAAAUAAACAUGUUAUUUGUUUAAA